ACGUUAGCCAAAAGCCUUAAAGUUUGGCGCUAGUUCUUUAGGUAAAUGAGUGUAAAAUGUAUCGGUUCGAUUGGUAAUGUGCUUAGAAUGGGGCCGAAUUGGCACCCUCUAAACUGCUGGCUUGGCCGUGCGGUUCUGUUGAGAUGUACCGAAUCGCGGAAGCGGUGGAUUAGCUACGGGGUGGUGCUGCUCCGGAACCACUAUGAUUCGCUCGGCGUGACGCCUAAUGCCACACAGAACGACAUCAAGCAGGCGUACUACAGCCAGUCAAAGCUCUACCAUCCCGACAAGAACAAAGGAAGCGACAUCGCUGCACAAAAGUUCCGGGAAAUCACGGCCGCGUAUGAAGUGCUCGGCAACUACCGGUUGCGGAAGCUGUACGAUAAAGGAAUCCUGCAUACAGCCGGCAACGAGUACGCUAAUGCGACACAUACGCAGACGGAACCGGUGGAGGACGAUGCACAGACGCGGUUCUACAAGAAGCGGAUGGAACGAUCGCAAGCACCGAGCGCAACGGGUCGCACUCCGAUCUACGAUUUCGACGAGUGGUCCCGAAACCACUACGGGUCACGGUUCGAACAGAAGAUGAAGGCCGAAGAACGGUUCCGCAAGAAAGCGGAGCGAGAGGAGAUAUUUAAGACACGGUUGCAGCACGAGUACAUCAUUCUCCCUUUAAUAGUGUUCUGCGUAUUGUACUUCAUUGUAAUGAUCCAGGAGAGUUCCUACGACACACCAAAACCGGCGACGAAAGAUGAGUCCGACAUAGAAAAUGGUGUGAAUGAGAAAUGAAUUGGCUAAGCUACGAGAAACGAGAUGCUUUAUUUAUGUGUAAAUAUUUUAGAUCAAUAAUAACGGUGCUAUAGAUGGUGCGUUAUCCGGGUCAUACACCAUCAUCAACGC